GGAUUUUUUUAAAAGCCCAAAAGCCCUGAGUGAAGUGGGUUGGAACAGGGUUGGUGUCCUUUUAAUCCCUUCUCGCUAAAAACUCUAUUUCUCUCUCUCUGUCAGUUUAAAGUUUUGCCCGAAACUUCUUCUUCAUACCCACGAACCUCGCCACUGUGCUCUCCUCCGUUCCCCGUUGAGCCAAAUACAUUCUUCGUAGAACAAAAUUCCGGUUCCGCCUCCGAAUUUCAUUUCCAGACAGAGGUACUGAUACGAAGGGAUAAAAUUGGAGCUCAAACAAAUUCGAUCAAAGUGGGAUCAAGAAUUGAGAGGUCUGGAACCCUAAACCCUCUUCGUCGAAGAAGAUCAAGGCUAUAAGGUACUAUUCAUUGACAUUAGUGUUUAUGAGAACGCACGGAGGUGUCACCGUUGUGGUGGUUUGUGGUGUCGUCAUAAACAAGGUCCCUAAGUUGCUCAGCUACCACUUUCCAAGUUCAGAACAAAUUACAAAUCCCUAAAGCAAUGAUCCUCAAACGCCUCAUUAACCCUCCUCUUCCCCCAACUUCAUCUUCUUUCACCGUUUAUCGCUUCCAUGUUUCAGCUUCUGCUUCAGUCUCCCACACUCCUCACUCUCUAUCCGACGCCGUUUCCUCCUUUCACCGCACCAUCAACGACCCCAAUUCAACACCCUCCGAACUGGCGUGCAACUCUCUCAUCAACGACCUACGCAAGGCACGACAAUACGACGUCGUUGUGUCGGUUUACCGCAAGAUGGCUUCCGCGUGCGUUUCGCCCUGGCACACUUCUCUCACCGCAUUAAUAGAGAGUUUCGUCAACACCCAUCACCCAAGUUUUGCUGUUGGAGUCCUUGGUUUAAUGAUAAAAUGCGGCUUUCGGGCUCAUGUCUAUAACAUAAACCUUGUGUUGAAGGGUUUUUCCCGGAGUGGUCAAUUCGACAAGGCAAUGGAUUUGUUUUCUCAAAUGAAGAAAAAUAGUGAUUAUGUGGCUCCUGAUAUUGUUACUUACAAUACCCUUUUAACUGGAUUGUGUAAAGCUAAAAGAUUGGUGGAAGCUAGGGUUUUAUUUGAGGCAAUGAAGGUUGGGGAGAGCAAACCCAAUUUGGUGACAUAUAGUGUUUUGAUAGAUUGUCUCUGUAAGAAUGAUCAAGUUUGUGAGGGGUUGGUUUUGUUGGAGGAGAUGGAGAGGGAGGGUUUGAAAGCUGAUGUGUUUCUGUAUAGUUCUCUAAUCAGUGUCUUUUGUGGCAAGGGUGAUGUUGAGAGGGGGAUUGAACUGUUUGACGAUAUGAAAAGGAAGAAGGUUAGUCCCAAUGUGGUUACAUAUAGUUGUUUGAUGCAUGGUCUUAGCAAGAUUGGUCGAUGGCGAGAUGCGUCUGACAUGUUGAAGGACAUGACGGCACGAGGAAUUCGGCCUGAUGUUGUUACUUACUCGGGUUUGGCAGAUGGGCUUUGCAAGAAUGGGAGGGCGGAGGAUGCAAUUAAGUUGUUGGAUUUGAUGGAGCAGAAGGGGGAGGAGCCAAGUACUUUUACAUACAAUGUUGUUGUGAAUGGAUUUUGUAAGGAGGAUCGUGUGGAGGAUGCAUUUAGGAUUGUGGAAAUGAUGGUGAAGAAGGGGAAGAAGCCUGAUGUGGUAACUUAUAAUACGUUGAUGAAAGGACUAUGUGGAGCUGGCAAAGUUGAUGAGGCGAUGGAUCUUUGGAAGUUGUUGGUGAGCGACAAGUUCCAUAUGAAGCCGGAUGUCUUCACUUUUAAUUAUUUAAUUCAGGGACUUUGCAAGGAAGGACAUCUUCGUGAUGCUGUGAGGGUCCAUUCUACUAUGGUUGAAAUGGGGUUCCUAGGUAACAUAGUAACUUAUAAUGUAUUGAUUGACGGUUAUCUAAGAGUUCGAAAACUUAUUAAGGCGUUGGGACUCUGGAAAAAUGCAGUAGACUCUGGAUUUUCUCCCAAUUCAAUGACUUACAGUGUUUUUAUUCUUGGUUUGUGCAAAAUGCAGGUGCUGAAUAUUGCAAAAGGACUUUUUAUUAAAAUGAAAGAUUCUGGGAUUAAACCUACAGUAGUUGAAUACAAUGCACUAAUGGCAUCUUUGUGCAGGGAAGAUAGUCUGGAGCAAGCUAGGAGUUUAUUUCAAGAAAUGAGAAAUGUGAAUCAUGAUGUUGAUGUUGUCUCCUUUAAUAUAGUAAUUGAUGGAACCCUCAAAGCGGGAGAUACUAAACAUGCCAAGGAAUUGCUAUCGGAGAUGCUUAACAUGGAUUUGAUCCCUGAUGCCGUAACCUUUUCUAUAUUAAUAAAUAGGUUCUCAAAACUUGGGCUGUUGGAUGAAGCCAUGUCCCUCUAUGAGAAAAUGGUCUCGUCUGGUCAUGUACCGGAUGGUGUUGUAUUUGAUUCUUUGCUAAAAGGCUGUGGUUUAAAGGCAGAGACAGAAAAAAUCAUUUCCUUGCUUCAUCGAAUGGCUGAUCAGGAUGUUGUUCUGGACUCAAAAUUAUCAUCUACCAUCUUAGCAUGCCUUUGUCACAUGUCAAGAGAUCUUGAUGUAGAGAAGAUUCUUCCAAAUUUUUCACAACACACUGAACAUACAACAAAAGGAACAACCAUUAAAUGUCACGAGUUCUUGAUGAAGCUGAAUGAUGUUCAUCCAGAGUAACAACCCCAACACACAUCCAGAUCCUGCAGGGUUCUAGUUGCUUCUCUCCAUGAAAACAUAAACGUGUUAGUCUUUGAACACCACCGUUGUGCAAGCUCAAGAAUCAACUCAUCAUUUCUAAAGAUAAUAAAAGUAGAAGCUUUUAUCACUUCCAUUUUUUGGUGGCGUGUACUUUGAUGACUGAUUUGGUGCCUUGUGUCUGCUUUUAUUAGUUGUUUUAGUUGAAAAUAUACAAUUUUUGUUUGAUGAAUCAAUUAAAUGUGUGUGAGAGGAAGUCGUUUCUAAACUCAAAUUAUGAGUCAUUGAUAUUGAUAUACCUGAUUUGACAUUUCUAAAUAUGUUGAGAAAUACCAUGAAACAAUUUUAAGUA